GUGAUAGCUGUCCCCGGCAUAUCCGGUUCGCAUUUUUCUGAACUUUGAACAAAACGUUACAAAGGUCGAGAAAAGCACUCUGCUGUAUGCAUUCUGCACUACCAAAUAAAUCUAAGUUGCAGUUACAACGAGUUUGCCGUAGUUUUCUUAAACAACAUGUCAACUAUAGGAGCUUUAAAGGUUAACUUUCAUGCCAUUAUUACCGCCAUUAUUUGUUUUUGUUAUGUUAUACUUAAAUAGGCUAUUAUUUUAUUUUUUGCCAGUGUAGAUAGCCAGAUAGCCUACUUUGACCUUUGAUAACAAAAUUAAAACAUAAAAAAAAAAUAAACCAAACAUAGUUGAAUAGAGCUAAUUUUUAACGAAGUGGUUAUGGGCAGCCGACUGCGUAUAACCCUGAGAGUUAUACGCAGUCGGCAAGUCACGUGACGUCUAUAUUCUUCCUGUGUUACAUUAUCAAUCAAUUGUCAAUAAGGGUACUACUUUAUUAUUGGGGUGACUGGGUGGUCCAAUGGUAAAAACUGACCAAACCCCAAGUAGGUAGGUUAACUGAAGUUCAAUUCCAGCCAACGGAAAGCCUACGUGUUAGUUGCUACGUUUGUUCUCGAAAUGAACCAAAAAACAACUCCGCUUAUUAUUUUACUUUUGUUUUGGCUACUAAAAUAUGUUUAAACAUUAUACGAAUAAAUUGAUCGUGGGCCCUUAAGAUAUAGAAGAAGAAGAACUUGACCAAUGUAAUGUUAAUAAUGUUAUACUUAUAAUUAUCAUAAUAUAUGUUUGUGUUGUUAACAUAUAUUUUGUGUUGUUAACAUAUAUUUUGUGUUGUUAACUAAUUUUGUGGCAGAUAAGAUCAUGUUUCUCUGGUACAGUAAUAAAUAUAAUCAUGGAUGGAGCAGCAGUAAGAAAAUCGCCGUAGGGGCAGGGGGUUCUGUAGAGGGGGCACUGUAAGUAAUACAUUCACACAGUUAUAGUUUUGCAUGGAAGCUGAAAACUGUUACAUUUUGGUCCUAAAAAAAAUAAUCAUAAAUGAUAUAAUUUUAAAAAAAAUAAAUAGAAUGUAUUUCCUGAAUUAGUCAGUAAAACCAACCAAAUAGUCAUAGCAACCUAUAAAAACCUAAUCAAUCAGAAUACAUAACUAGACUUAGACCAUGGAUCUGCCUUUUAAAAAAUCUUAGACUAAGGCUUAGACUCUAAGAAAUGUAGACUUUGACUUAUAAUUAUAAUAUAUAAGAUACAAGCAAUAAUACUAAUACUAUUGCUAUCAUUCAAUUUCAUUAUUAAUUAAAAUUAAUUCAAUUACAAUUUUACGUUAAACACAUAAAAAGUUACAGUUCAAAACAACCCAUCAUGCGGCUAAUUACACAUAAUACUUUUUUUUUUAAUUGCCAAAAUACCGGUAAUAAACCUGAUUUGGCUAAAUUCCCAGCCGACUGCGUAUAACCCUGAGAGUUAUACACAGUCGGCUGGGAAUAACCCACAGGGUUAUGCGCAGUCGACUGCGUAUAACUCUCAGGGUUAUACGCAGCCGACUGCGUAUAACGCUUCCCACUUUUCCCAAUUUUUAAAAGAAUUAUAAUACCAAAAUCAUAUUUUUAGCUGUUGUAGUUUUAAAGUUAUGAAUUUUUAAAGUACGACUUAAUUUGUCCUUUUUUAACACGGACCCCAUCUCCACAUUCUGUGACCCAAUUCCGCUGUGACCCAAUUCCGCGUCACGAGCUAUAUAACUCUUGUUUUAAUGAUAAUUUUAUUUUCAGAACUAAUGCUGUAUUAAAAAAAUUAAUUUAAUAAUGUUAACAAUUAUAGAUAAAUUGUAGCUUAUCUAACUUUGCAUUAUUUCUAUCAGUAAAUUUAAUAUAAUGUAUUAAUAUACGGCUUUUCUGUUUACCAAAUCUAUGACGUCCACUAUACCAAUAUUUGCUAUAGUCUAUAUAAGGCAACUCAUGCCCUAAUUACGAAAAUACUGUUCGGGAACUAUUGAACUUUUCAACUUUGGAGUUUUUGCACAUGGCAAACUUUUAUGAAUGAAAUCUCUGAGAUAGUAGUAAAUAAUAGCCAUUAUGCAAGUCACUGUGAAUGGCCGCCAUGACAUUUUGCACACGGCGAAUUUUGAUCAUGUAUAAUAUGGGCUCUACCGGGUUUUUUAACCUCAAAUUAAAAUAUUAUUCUUUCAGUAACAUUUAAAUUCAUUCUUAAACAUAACUUAUCAAAUAUUUUGAUGUAAAUAGUGGAAAUAAUUAAAUAUUUCCUAAGUAACGGCGUCUUCCGCCACUGAAAGGGGGGCGUGGCCAGGUCCUUAUCGAAAUUGGGCUGAGCUACAUUACCAUAUAGGGGUUCACUCAAGUGAGCAUAACAAGUGAUCGAUAUGUCCUAACUCAAUGAGAACUGACACAAAUACACAUCGAUAGAUAAUACAGAAUAAGACUUUUUUUAAAGACAUAAUAGUUGAACUUCUAUACGAAUUUUAUAGUGAAAGAUGCCUUAUAUUUAAAGGGGAAUCUCAAAAUACAGGUCGAUUGAAAAAUUAAAAAAAAUCAAUGUAAAUGUAGGCCAAAAUGUCUACCUAAUUAUAUGGAAAGAAACGGAACUCAAAUAUAUGUCGAAAGCACCCAUUUAAUAAUAAAUAGACACACACAUCUGAAAAUUAAAAACUUGGAUUUUUCUGUGCCGAUUGCCAUUUCCGAUACACAAAAAGUUGUAGCCUCCCUUGGUUUACCGAAGUAUCUAGCCAGUCUCUCCAUUUACCGUGUCAACGUCAGACCGUCUGCUUUAUUGGCUUUAAUAAAUUGCAUGUAACGGUAACUUAGUUUUAGUAUGACUUAAACUAUUCACGUCACCAUGAAUAGGCGUCAGAAUUAUCAAUACAAUGAUCGUAGGCCCUCAAAAUAUUGAAUAGAAAAAGUCUUGCUCAGAUAUUCAUAUUCAUAGGAUAAUGUAGGGACCUCGGUAUCGCCCGGAAAUACCAGAAAAACGGGUAUCAUAAUUUCGUUGCAAAAUGGCGACCUCCACUUUUUAAUUUACUGAGGGUAUCGUUGUUUCGCCUUUUACAAUAGAUUUUUAGCAUAAUAACAAAGUCUACUUCCGCCAAUUACUUAAAGCCGACAUCUUGCUUGUUGUAUGAAGAGUUUGUUUGAUUUUGUUUUUCAAGGUUAAAGCUUUGAAAAUUGAAGUUAAAAAUAGGUAAACCUCACUCAUCAAUAACUUUUUUUUUAAAAAUGUGAUUCUUAAUAAAAAUAUUCCCGCUCUUUUAGUUUAUAGUUUCAUUUACAACAUACCAGUAUCCAAAAUUUAUGAGUGAAGACCAUGGGUGGGCUUCAAAAACGAAGUUCCCAGAUGUCAUUUUUUUAGGUCAUGUAAUUUGUCAUCGUGGCCACUGUACUUGUCUACUUAUGGCCAAUUAUCAAUAGCAGCCGUGGGGUAAUUAAUAAUUCAUUAAAUUGUUUACCCAGAAUAUAAAUGGGAAAUAUAACUAAUAAUAAAUCAUUUUGUAUAAAUAAAAAAUGUUUUAUAACAUAAAUAAUUAUUAUUGGCUAAUGAAAUAUCAGUGAUUUUAAUUUUUGGGUUGGUUGCCAUGGACAUGGCUAACACUCACACUGACAUGGGAUUGAUAAGCUCUUGUCAUUGACUUAAAUAGGCUUAGUAAAAGUAUUAUAAAAGUAAUUAUACUAUUAUAAAUGAUUUAAGGAGUUGGAUAAAUAGCUUUUAUUACAACUAAUAUAUUUAUAUUAGUUUAUAUAUAUAUAGAUAAAUAUUUAUUUGUAUAUAUAUACAUACAAUGUCCAUAGUACCAUAGGCUAUAGGCCUAGUAUAUAGGCCUAGUAUGGCCUAGUAUAGAUAUAAUAGUAUACCAGUGAUUCAAAGUAUACUAUAUUAGGGUUUAAGCCUAGACCCAACCCAACUUAUUAUAAUAAAUUAUAUGUAAUGAUAUUUUGGGAUAUGUAAUAAUAUUUUAAUGAAUAUUGUGAUUCUUAAGGCAUGAAAAAUGGCAUAAACUAAGUAAAAAUUUUAAAAAUAUUCACUUACCUUUGGUACAAUAUUUCACAAGAGAAUUAUUAUAUAAUCCUCAGUUUCUCAAAGAAAAAAACACAUUUUCUGGCACAAUAAUCCAAGAAUUACUAAAGAACAAUCAUAAAAACUUGUACUUACCUCAAGCAAAUAACUAGAACUUAUUUUAUAUUCUAUUAACAGCUAAAGUCAAAGUUGAUUCUAACAAUACAUAUUGAUUUGUAAAACAAGAUUGCAAACUUAAAAUAUAUGACAUAGUGAUUGUUUUGUCAUAUUCAUAUGGGAAUAAUAUAUAAUAUACAUAUGUAGAAAACUAAAAUAAAAAUUGUAAUCGUCAAUGUUAAAUAAAUGAAACAAAGAAUGCCUUUAUUAUUUGUUUAUGCUUAUAAAUGUUAAACAAUUCCACAGAAAAUUUGAAAUUAAUAUCUAAAGAAUAUUAUUAUUAUUAUGAUUUUUGGGAAAUUAAAAAAAAAAUAUUUAAACAAAGUUAAUUUACAAAUAAGUGAUGAGUCAACAUAUUUAUUAAAUUUUUUUUUUUUUUUUUAAAAUAGGUAAAUAAUAAAGUUUUUAAAAAAAAAUAUUUGCGGCUUAUUAGCAAAAAAAUAACUAAUAUUUUGAAAAUUAAAAAAAAAAUAUUUAAACAAAAUUAAUUUACAAAUAAGUGAUGAGUCAAAAUAUUUAUUAAAUUUUUUUUUUUUUUUUUUAAAAUAGGUAAAUAAUAAAGUUUUUAAAAAAAAAUAUUUGCGGCUUAUUAGCAAAAAACUAACUCAUAUUUUGAGGCUUUAUUUAGAAGUACUCUUGUUCCCUGUAAAUAUUAUAUUUUGUCUCAUUUUAUAAUAAAGUUAUAGGUGUUAAAAAAAAAAGCAAAAUGAGGGUCACAAAAUGUGGAGGAAAAUCCCAUAGAAAAAAAGUGGUUUUGAGGUCUCUACUAAAAAAAUUCAUAACUUUUGAACCACUUGAGCUACAGCUGUAGUAUUUUUAUAUUUUUAAAAAUGUUUUGAAAGUUUCAUCAAAGUGCCUAAGAUAAUGAAUGAAUAAUUAUAAUGUCUUAGUAAGCAAUCUUGCAGUUCAGGUGCGUAGAUUAUUUCUGAUCAAAUUUCAUAUUAUCGCAUGUAAACUUACGUGUAUUCUUCAUUAAAUUAAAUCCAGGCAGUGAUAGUUAACUAAUACUGAGUUAUUCAGCGCUUAUUUUCAUUUUAUUUGAUUUCUUAAGCAUCUUUGAACAUCCCCUAACCUUCCAUAGCUCCAUUUGUUUUGUAUUUUUCACCCUGUUGCCAAAUUUUUGAUCACCUAUAAGUUGUUAUGCUGAACGAAAUUUUCAAAUUGUAGACAUGUUCACAAAAAGAAUGAAAUUUGGGGGGGUCGGGGUUUGAACUUAAUUAGAUGUUCCGUUAUUUUAUAGGGGCCCAAAAUUCUUUUUUUUUUCUUAUGUGGGGUGUAUAAAUAUAUUCCAAACAAAGGCUCCUGCAUGGGCAUGGGUGAAUGGAACGAGAUCAAACUCAAUACUGAAGGGUAAUGAACUCAAUAUUUUAGUUUUUCCUAAAACUAGCCAAUUAUAGGGGGGGGGGGGGGGGGGGGGGGGGCGGCCGACUAAACUUUAAUUAAAUGUGAUUGUUAGUCUACUGACCAGUGAAUCAGAUGCCACGGAUAUUUUAUUAUAAUUGCCUAUUUAUUCAUUUUGAUACCGUAACUAUUAACACUACUAUAUACAGUCACAAUUAGGUGUCACCAAAUUUUAAAGGGAAACAAGAUGGGGAUUGUUCUCUGCAAAAUAAAUGUUAUGGUUUCACUUCAUUAAGUUAAUGUAAAGCCUACUAUUUUUUUUUCAGAAUGUUGUUGGUUUAGUGACUGGUGGUGCCUCAGGACUUGGGCGUGCAACAGUUGAGAGGUUUGUUAGGGAAGGAGCUAAAGUAGUUUUGUGUGAUUUGCCUAAUUCAAAAGGAAAGGAGUUAGCCACUGCCCUUGGAGAAAAUUGCAUUUUUGCACCCACUGAUGUGAGUGUCUUACUAUGUGCAUUACUAUCAUUACUUUGUGCAGAUUGUAGCCAUUAUGCUAUGACUUACUUAAGGGAUGUUUGAUAUUUUUCAAUUAUAGUAGUGGCGUUUUCGUCUUAAGGUCCACAUGGUAGAGCUACAACUGGGUGAAUUUAAAAAAAACAAUUGAUUUAGUGUAAGUUAGUAUAAAAAUACAUAUCCUGUUUCACCAUUACAUUCUGUAAUUCAUUAUAAUUAUUUGGUAGAGAAAUAAUUAUACCUUAUUUUAUUUUUUUUUCUUUAAUUUUGUUUGUUUGAAAACUAGUCAUUUUAUUUUUAUAAAUACCAUUCAGUGGUUUGUAACUGACCAGAAAUUCUUUUAUUUUAAAAUAAUCUUUAUGGUUAUUAUUUUAAUUUUUAUUGCAUUUUGAAGGUGUCAUCAGAACAGGAUGUAUCUAAGGCUCUAGAAAUAGCAAAAGACAAAUUCGGUAGACUUGAUGCUGCUAUAAAUUGUGCUGGUAUUGGUGUUGCUUUCAAGACAUAUAACUUUAACAAGAAAAAGCCUCAUGAAUUAGAAGACUUUGUAAAAGUUCUUAAGGUAUUUAAUGUAUGAUACAUAAUAACCUACAAAUAAUUAUGAUUUAAACAAAUUAUUUACCCUUUAUGCUGGAACGCCAAUAAUUAUGAUGAGUUAUGCCAUAUAACCCAUCAUCAUAUUCUGUACCAAAGGGGAAAUGGAUGUCAUGUAACUUUAUUUCCAGCAUUAUGCAAGUUUUCUUUUCCCACUUUAGGAGUCAGUAUGCAAUGCAGGUUUAUUCCUUUCUUUAACUAGGUCAAUACAGUUGGAACAUUUAAUGUCAUACGACUAUCAGUUGGGUUAAUCGGAGACAAUCAUCCGAAUGCAGAUGGACAACGUGGUGUGAUUGUAAACACAGCAAGUGUUGCAGCUUACGAUGGUCAAAUGGGGCAAGCUGCCUACUCAGCUAGUAAAGGAGCCAUUGUUGGGAUGACCUUACCAAUUGCUAGAGAUUUAGCGUCUCAGGGUAUCCGCGUAGUCACUAUUGCCCCAGGUUGGAUAUAUUUUUAUUGUCCCUAAAAUGCAUUACAACUUCAACUUAAAUGCUUUGUUACCUACGCAAGAUUUUCAUUCAGAUGCAAUGGAUUUUAAGUUAAAAACAGCUUUUUUGGGUAAAACAUAUCUUGAGUUAUAUUAAUUACUUUUUAUAAUUCUUGAAUGAGUACAUAAUUACAUCUUAUAAUUCUUAAUUCAUUUUGACCAACAGGAUUGUUUGACACACCAUUACUUGCAAGUCUUCCUGAAAAAAUUAGAAAGUUCCUUGCCAGCACUAUUCCAUUUCCAGCUCGACUUGGUCUCCCUGAUGAAUAUGCUCAUUUAGUCCAGUGUAUAAUUGAAAACCCAUUGCUAAAUGGUGAGGUCAUUAGAUUAGACGGAGCCCUUAGGAUGAUGCCAUAAAUGACAUUCGUUUUUUAAAUAUUAAGCAGAAAGGGUAACCAUUUGUAAGACUGACAUGACAAAUAAAGUCUAAAUUUUUUUUAAAAUUA